GCGCUUGGGUAAGUUUGGGUUCAGUUGGCUUCGAGCCGUCGGUGAAGAAGGACGUGGCUUCGCGCGUCUCCGGCCCCGAGCGAGAGGUUGCCGCUGUUUGUCGUCAGCGUAUAUCUUCGCUCGAUAAAAAAGAAAAGAAAAUAAUAUUUGACUCUUAAUUUACUGUUGUUUGUCAUAAAAAAGAGGAAUAUCGUGUUAGAUUUUUCUUCUCUUAGUCAUUUUUAAACGAAUCAUAAAAACUGACGAUGGAUUGAAUUGGAAAGGUGAGAAGAAUUUACCUGGCUUCCUGGUAAGAAUAUAAACAAUACCGAAAUUUGAAGAUUUCAGAAUUCGAAAUAUCUCUGCGUGCCUGCAACAGUAAUCUCAAGAGACGCCUGGCCAUGAAGGGACAUCUGGCCAGAGUCACCAUCAUCGCUUCGCUUCACCUGGUCGCAGCGAAUUACCAGCAAGAUUCAGCUUUACUUCUACAACAGCGACUUGUAUCAGAAUUUUAGCCAAGCUCUUGACAAGCCCAACGGCGUCUUGGCAGUUUCCGUUCUUCUGAAGGUUGGCUGGCGCCCUAACCCCGUGUUGAAGAUCUGGAUGGAUCACAUACACAUGGUUCCACACAGAGGGAAAUCCACCAAGAUCCACUUCGUCCCAGUGAGAGAACUCUUCACGUCAGACAUGUACCUUUCCUAUGACGGGUCGCUCACCGAGCCCCCCUGCGAGGAGACGGUCACCUGGGUCGUUCUCAACAAGCCGGGUUACAUAACGGCGGACCAGUUAUGGCAACUUCAGUCCUUACGUCGCGGGACGCACGGGCAAGCUCUUCCAAUAACGGGGAACUUCAGACCAAUUCAGCCCUUGCACAAGAGGGCUAUAAGAACUAAUAUUCCUCCUUACACGCUGAAAUGCUCUGCGCUCAACAGAACCAAUCUUUAUCAAGCCGCCGACUACCUUGGCACGUGACGAAAACUGGGCGCGAAACACAUACCCCCGCCCGCAUUAAGCCGCCCACCGCAUCCCGCCCGCAGUGUCCUCGCCUCGCCCCCCCGCCCCCCUCCGUCGCCCUAGACUGUCGAGAGGUCGAG